AUGCCAGCUAUUAUCAACGCAAUUCCUUCGAGAGACGGGCGAGCUUUCGAUGAGGCGUCCGAUGCUGUCGACGAUGUUAACAAACUCAAAGCGCGUCUGUGGAGUGACAAAUCCGAGUUCGAUGCCAAUAAGGACAAGGACCAGUUCCGGAAGUACGAAGAAGCUUGCGAUCGUGUAAAAGCGUUUUACAAAGAGCAGCACGAAAAGCAAACAGUUGAGUUCAACAUCAAAGCGAGGGUAGAGUUCCGGAAGAACAUGCGAGCACGGAUGGGCAUUUGGGAAGCCAUGGAAAAGCUUAAUACGCUCGUCGAUGAUUCCGACCCUGAUAUAAAUCUCACUCAGAUCCAACACCUUCUGCAGACGGCAGAGGCCAUUCGCCGAGACGGCAAGCCGGAGUGGAUGCAGGUCGUUGGCUUGGUUCAUGACCUUGGAAAGUUGCUUUACAUAUUCGGCUCCGAAGGCCAAUGGGAUGUGACUGGGGAUACAUUCGUCGUUGGGUGUGCCUUCUCCGAUAAAAACAUUUACCCAGAUACAUUUGACAACAACCCGGAUGCUCAUGAUCCCGUAUACUCAACUGAAUAUGGGAUUUACAAGCCACACUGUGGGUUCGAGAAUGUGAUGCUUGCCUGGGGCCACGAUGAGUACCUUUACCACGUCCUUAAGGAGCAAAGCACAUUACCAGAUGAAGGCCUCGCGAUGAUCCGAUACCACAGCUUCUAUCCGUGGCAUCGUGAAGGAGCAUAUAUGCAUUUGGCAAAUGCUCGCGACGAAAAGCUUCUUGUGGCUGUCAAGGCCUUCAACCCGUAUGACUUGUAUAGCAAGUGUGACGAGUCUCUUGACCCCGCUGAGCUUCGACCGUAUUACGAAGGCCUGAUUGCCAAGUUCUUCCCCGAUGUCAUUGAGUGGUGA